AAAUAGUUACAAAGAGUUGUUUUGCAAUUCCACGUUCAAAUGAUACUUUAAAUAGUUUAUUAGAUGCUUAUUUUCUUCCCUAUCGCUCUGUUUAUUUAGCGAAAUCGUGCUUUUUUGUACUUGAACUGAGAGUGCCGCUGUUGAUCAGUUUGGUGAUUUUCUUCAAGCAGACAUUCAGCAGUUCCGCCCCUACAGCGGCUCAUCAUAACACACACACAGAACACAAAGACAUGAGUAUAUAGAAUGCAGACAGUGGAUAUGAAUUUUCAGGAUAUUUUUACCAAGAUCAAGGAAUCUGUAUAAUCGUUCGGGCAUUUUGCAAGAAGGCCGGGAUCGAUUUAAUGUACUAAAUGGAUCUGCACCGAUUAUAUUACAUUUUCUGGAAAACGCCACCGUGCAGGGUCAUGAAGCAGGUACCGAUACUAAUUGUUUUUUUUAUGCUCGCAUUUCUAGUUAAUGCGGAGGUCCGUUAUUCUAUUCCAGAGGAGAUGAUGACAGGCACUUUCAUAGGUAAUAUUGCUAAAGAUUUGGGAUUAGAUAAUCGAAGACUGAAAACAGGAAAAGCUCGCAUUUAUAAUGAAAGAGGCAGCGAAUACGUUGAUCUUGAUGCAAAUAAAGGGAUUUUAAUUGUUAAGAAUAGAAUUAACAGAGAGCAAAUGUGCGGGAGAAAAGCACCCUGCUCCUUAAAUUUUCAGAUUGUUCUCGAUAACCCGAUGGAAUUGCAUCGAGUUUCUAUUGAUAUUGUUGAUAUUAAUGAUAACGAGCCAACGUUUGAUACAAAAAACAUCGAAAUAAAAAUUAUCGAAUCAUCACUUCCUGGGACAGAAUUCUCGUUACCAAGUGCUAUAGACAGCGACGCAGGGGUAAACUCUCUAAAAUCAUACAUACUGACGCCGAAUGAUCAUUUCAGAUUGAAAAUAUACAAACAAACUGAUGGCAGCAGCUCUGUGAAUUUAUUGUUAGAGUCGCCUUUGGAUAGAGAAAAGCAAGAGGAGCUUGUGCUGCUUUUAACUGCGUUUGAUGGAGGGGAGCCUCAGCGGUCAGGAACAGCUGAAAUUCGUGUCGUUGUCCUCGAUGCCAAUGACAAUGCGCCUGUUUUUACUGACAAAGUUUAUAAAGCCUCUGUAAUGGAAAACUGCAUGAUCGGCUCUGUGCUGAUUAGAGUUACGGCCACCGACUUAGACAAAGGUGUAAAUGGACAAGUUCAAUAUUUUUCAUCUCAAAUAUCACAAAGUGUACAAAAUUUAUUUGAAAUAAAUCCCGAUUCGGGUGAAAUAAUAGUCACGGGCCCAAUUGAUUAUGAGACAAAUGACUUAUAUGAAAUGACCGUUGAGGCGAGGGACUACGGUGGUCACGUAGGCUCAAGUAAAGUAAUAGUAGAAGUAAUUGAUGUGAAUGACAACGUGCCAUUUAUAAAUCUCAUGUCAGUUUCAAGUCAGGUCUCUGAAGACGCAUUACCUGGGACAGUAAUUGCAAUGAUUAAUGUACAAGAUAGGGAUUCCGGAAGAAAUGGCAACGUCAAGUGCUUCAUUGAUAAUAACGAUAUUCCAUUUAAACUGAAAUCUUCUUUAAAUAAUUUCUAUGGUUUAGAAACAGAUGGAUUUCUAGAUCGGGAACAAAUAUCACUAUAUAAUAUUGGUAUUAUUGCUGCGGACGAAGGAGAGCCUUCCCUUUCUGCUACAUAUGCAAUCACAUUAGAAAUAACCGACGUUAAUGAUAAUGCGCCAAUAUUCGAAAGGCAACAUUACACCACAUAUGUCAUGGAAAACAAUUCUCCUGGAUCCUCUUUCUUUUCCGUCCGAGCUAAAGAUGACGAUGUAGGACUAAACCGAAAAAUGUCUUAUUUUAUUCAAGAAAGGGGAAUUAAUAAUAUGUCCGUUUCUUCCAUAAUUUCCAUCAACUCAGAAGAUGGUGUCAUAUAUGCUGUACGUUCAUUCGAUUAUGAACUGCUGACUCAUUUUCAGGUCUCAGUAACAGCUAAAGAUGGGGGGACUCCGCCUCUCACUACCAAUGUCUUCAUUCAUGUAUUUGUACAAGACCAGAACGACAACCCUCCAGAGAUUUUAUACCCUGUAUCUAACAAAGGCAUCCCCAUAGCUGAAUUUGUUCCUCGUUCUGCAGAUUUUGGUUAUUUGGUUACAAAGGUUGUUGCUGUUGACAAAGAUUCUGGACAAAAUGCCUGGCUUUCCUAUAAAAUCAUCAAAUCAACGGACCAGACACUUUUUGAAAUCGGCUUAAAUAAUGGGGAAUUAAGAACUCUUCGAAAAAUUACAGAGAAAGAUGCUACAAAACAAAGAUUAACUAUUAUGGUUGAGGACAGCGGACAAACUUCGCAAUCAGCUACAGUCAAUGUGAAUAUUGCAAUCACUGAUAAUGUAGCAAAGGCAUUAUCUGAAUUCAUCGAACUUACAAAGGAGAAAGACAGCGAUAACGAUCUUACGUUUUACCUCGUGCUAGCUUUAGUGAUUGUGUGCUUUGUUUUCAUUAUUUUUAUUAUUGUUCUAAUAACUUUGAAAUUCCAUAAAUGGAGGCGCGCGAAACUUUUCAACGAAUGCUCAAACGGAGCCCUCCCCGUUAUUCCUUAUUACCCGCCCCGUUAUGCAGAAGUUGGAGCAACCGGAACGCUUUGUCACGUCUACAACUAUGAAGUCUGCCUCACAACUGAGUCUGAAGAUAACGAAUUUAAAUAUGUUAAAUCAGCUUACCCAAGCGCUACGGAUCUUAACCCUAGUGGGACAGAGAAAAAGAGACGCAUCUCGGAAAGCGACAUAAUUCCUGACGAAGAUAAGUUUGUGGAUUUGUCGAUGAUUGAAGCCUGUGGGGAGGUCCGUUAUUCUAUUCGAGAAGAAGAAAUGAGGGGAUCUUUCAUAGGCAAUCUCGCAAAAGAUUUGGAAAUAGAUAACCAGAGACUAAAAACUGGCAGAGCUCGCAUUUAUUCUGAAGGGGGUGCGGAAUACGUUGAGCUCAAUUUAAAUAAAGGGAUUUUAAUAGUUAAAGACAGAAUCGAUAGAGAAAACAUAUGCGAUAGAAUAACUCCGUGCUUAUUACAAUUUCAGAUUAUCCUUGAAAAUCCGAUGGAAUUUCAUAGGAUUAUUAUAGAAAUUGUUGACAUUAAUGAUAACAACCCCACUUUUACUAAAAAUAAUGUUCAGUUAGAAAUAACGGAGUCAUCUCUUCCAGGAGCGUUGUUUUCGCUUCCUAAAGCCGUAGACAAAGACGUAGGUGUAAACGCCCUGAAAUCAUACACACUCACACCAAACGACAAUUUUAAAUUAAAGGUUCAGACGCAAUCAGACGGCAGUACUUCCGUGGAUUUGUUGCUAGAUGUGCCUUUGGAUAGAGAAAAGCAAGAGCAGCAUAUUCUCCUUUUAACUGCUGUUGAUGGAGGAGAGCCUCAACGAUCUGGUACCGUUGAGAUAAACAUUAUUGUUCUCGAUGCUAAUGACAAUGCUCCCGUUUUUUCUCAAAGAGUGUACAAAGCUGCUGUUCCCGAGGAUUCGUUGAUAGGAUCUAUGCUUAUUAUAGUAAAUGCCACCGACGCAGAUAAAGAAGUGAAUGGACAAAUUAAGUAUUUCUUCCCCCAUACAGAUGAUGCACAGGGUUUAUUUGAAAUUAAUCCAGAUUCUGGAGAAAUUAAACUUAUUGGCCAAUUAGAUUAUGAAGGUAAUAAAAUGUUUGAGUUGAGACUUGCAGCCAAAGACGCUGGUGGUUUUGUAAGUUCCAGUAAAGCGAUAAUUGAAGUAAUUGACAUAAAUGACAAUGUGCCGCUUAUAGAUCUUAUGUCUGUUUCAAGACAAAUCGCAGAAGAUUCAUUACCAGGGACAGUAAUAGCAAUGAUUAAAGUUCAAGAUAAAGAUUCUGGAAGAAAUGGAAAGGUUAAUUGUUUAAUUAACAAUAAUAUUCCAUUUAGACUAAAAUCGUCUUUAAAUAAUUUCUAUACCUUAGAAACAGAUGGAUUUCUAGAUCGGGAAAAAUUGUCGCAGUAUAAUAUUACUAUAGUGGCCAAGGACGAAGGAGAGCCUCCACUUUCGUCCACGCAAAUAAUCACACUGCAGAUUAGUGAUGUAAACGACAAUGCACCAAAAUUUGACAAGCAGCAUUACAAAACAUACAUUAUGGAGAAUAAUACCCCUGGAUCUUCGUUUUUCUCGGUAGCAGCCAAAGACGACGAUUCUGGUGUCAACAGUAAAAUCUCUUAUUUAAUCGAAGAAUCAAGAACUAGUAACAUUUCAAUCUCUUCAUUUGUGUCUAUUAAUUCAGAUGAAGGUGUUCUCUAUGCUGUACGUUCAUUCGAUUACGAGCAGCUGAGUCAUUUUCAAGUCUCGGUGAAAGCCAAAGACAGAGGAUCUCCGCCCCUCAGUUCUUGCAUAUUAUUAGAUGUGUAUGUUCAGGACCAGAAUGACAAUCAUCCAGAAAUUUUGUAUCCAGUUUUAAAUAAAGGAUCUACGGUAGCUGAAUUCAUACCUCGUUCUGCAGAUGUUGGCUAUCUGAUUACUAAAGUUGUAGCUGUCGAUAAAGACUCUGGGCAGAAUGCUUGGCUUUCUUAUAAAAUAGUCAAAUCCACCGAUCAAACGCUUUUCGAAGUGGGUUUACAUAAUGGAGAAGUAAGAACUCUUAGGCAGAUUAUCGAGAAAGAUUCCACAAAGCAGAGAUUAACUGUUUUAGUAGAGGACAGCGGACAGCCUUCUCACUCUUCAACAGUGACUGUCAAUAUUGCCAUAACUGAUAAUUUAGCAAUGGCUUUUACAGAAUUCAAUGAUUUUCAAGAUAAAAGCAGCGCUGGUGAAGUCAAGUUUUAUUUGAUACUUUCGUUAGUGAUUGUAUCGUUUCUUUUCAUUGUUUUCAUCACAAUCCUAAUAUCUUUAAAAUUCCAUAAGUGGAGACGCUCUAAACUUCUAACUGAAUGUACCAACGGAAUUCUCCCGGUUAUUCCUUACUACCCGCCUCGUUAUGCAGAAGUCGGAGCCACGGGAACGCUUUGUCACGUCUACAACUAUGAAGUCUGUCUUACAACCGAUUCUGGAAAUAGUGAAUUUAAAUAUGUCAAACCUUUGGAACAGAGUCCUGUGGAUAUGAAUCUUAGUGGAACGCAUAAAAGAACUGGCGUCUCUGGCGAGUUAAUUGCUGACGAAGAUCUUAUGCAGAUGCAGAAAAUGGAUGAAUGGAUCAUUGGAGUGUUGGAUGGAAUAUCACAUGUGUGA